GCCUCCUCUAACGGUCGCCGGCUUUCGGCGCCAAAGUUCAGUUGCGGCAGGCGGCGGGAGGCACCGCGGCGGAUUGCUUCCUUCAUACUCUUGGGACGAAUAUUUUGCCUGGUCCCUUAGGAAUACAGAGAAGAUGUACAUCAAGUCAAUUGCCCUUGAAGGAUUUAAAUCCUAUGCUUACCGGACGGAAAUUUGUGACUUUGACCCAUUUUUCAAUGCCGUUACUGGCCCGAAUGGUAGCGGCAAGUCCAAUGUCUUGGAUUCAAUCUGUUUUCUGUUGGGAAUCACCAAUCUGUCACAGGUGCGAGCUUCUAACAUGGAAGAUCUCAUUUAUAAAAGUGGGCAAGCUGGAAUUAAGAAAGCAGUUGUGUCUAUUACCUUUGAUAAUACUAACAAGAAACAAAGUCCGCUGGGAUUUGAACGUAGUGAUGAGAUCAUCAUCACUAGGCAGGUUAUCAUUGGAGGUAAAAAUAAGUAUUUAAUCAAUGGUAUGAAUGCCCCUGUGUCUCGCGUGGAGGAUAUUUUCUGUUCCAUUGGACUCAAUGUCAAUAACCCUCACUUCCUCAUUAUGCAGGGACGAAUUACCAAAGUUCUAAAUAUGAAGCCAUUAGAGAUUUUGUCUAUGAUUGAAGAGGCAGCUGGUACUAGAAUGUAUGAAUGCAAGAAAAGAGCUGCCCAGAAAAUCAUAGAGAAGAAGGAGGGCAAAUUGAAUCAUAUUCAAAUGAUCUUAGAGGAGGAGAUCGCUCCAACUUUAGAGAAGCUGAAGGAGGAAAGAUCACUCUAUCUAGAAUACCAGAAAACAACACAACAAAUACAACAGUUAAGCCAUGUCUAUAUAGCUCACCAGUUUGUUGAGGCUGAAAAGAUAAAGGUAUCUGCUGCUGCAGUAUUAAAGGAAAUGGAGACUGAUAUACAGAACUUUCAGGAAUCAGUUGCUGAAAAAGAAAAGUUGAUGAGGCAACUUAAUGAAGAAAUAGCAGAGAUGGAAAAGAAAAGGCUGAAAGAAGUUGAUGGUAAGCUCCGUUUACUGGAAGAUGCUCUUUCAGAAAAUCAAAGAGUUAAUACUAGAGCACAAAGUGCCCUUGAUCUCAAGAAGCAAAACUUAAAAAGCGAAGAGGUGAAGUACAAAAUACUGUCAGAAACUGUGCGGGAGGAGUCUAAAAUGUUAGUGUCAAAGGAGAAAGAAAUUAAGAAGAUAGAGGAAGAACUAAGUACUUUACAGGAAGUAAGUGGAAAAGAUGCAGAUGCUUUAGCUGUGGCACAAAAGCAUUUUAAUGCUGUGUCUGCUGGCUUGUCGAGCAGUGGCAAUGGGGAAGAAGCUACUCUUGCUGGCCAAAUGAUGACCUGUAAAAAUGAAAUCAGCAAAGCAGAAACAGAAGCUAAACAGGCUCAAAUGAAGCUGAAGUAUGCACAACAGCAAUUAAAAACAAGAGAAGCUGAAGUUAAAAACGUGGAUAAAGGCUUCCAGGAAGACCAAGAAGAACUUAAAGCUGUCAUAAAAGCAAAAGAAAAAUUAGAGAACCAAAUUAAGAAGCUGAACUAUGAAGAAGAAAAAGAAGAAACCCUUUUAGCAAAAAAGGUGGCAUUGACCUGUGACAUCAGCCGGCUGAGAGAACUGCGUGAAGGCUUAAUGGCAAAGCUUCCGUACCUACAGUUUGAAUACAAAUAUCCAGAAAAAAAUUGGAAUCAAACCUGUGUGAAAGGCCUUGUUGUGUUUCUUAUCAUUGUGAAAGAUGUAUCCAAAGCAAAAUCCCUAGAAGCGGUGGCUGGAGGGAAACUCUAUAACAUUAUUGUGGACACAGAGGUUACUGCCAGAAAGCUUUUAGAAAAGGGUGGACUAAAGCAUCGGUACACCGUCAUUCCACUAAACAAAAUUUCAGCCAGGUCUAUUGGACAAGACACAAUCAAGUUGGCCCAAACCUUGGCUGGUCAUGAUAACUUGAGCUUAGCCAUUUCUCUAGUUGGAUAUGAGUCUGAACUGCAAAAAGCAAUGGAAUAUGUUUUUGGAGCAACACUGGUCUGUAGUAACAUGGAUAGUGCUAAGAAAGUGACCUUUGACAAAAGGAUAAUGAUAAGAAGUGUUACACUUGAUGGAGAUGUGUUUGAUCCCCAAGGCACCCUGCAUGGAGGUGCAUGCUUACAGACUGUACCAAUACUGUCUAAAGUUCAAGAAGUGAAAGAUGCUGAAGAAGAACUCAAGACAAAGGAAUCUGAACUUGAGACUGUAGAGAAUGAGUUGUCAAGCUUGAAGAAAGUUGCUGAAAUGUACCAGCAACUGAAGCAGCAGUGGGAGAUGAAGUCUGAGAAAGCAGAGAUGUUGGAAAUGAAGCUUUGUCAAAGCACUCAUCACAAACAAGAAGAAGAGCUGCUUGUUCUGAAGAAAACGAUUGCGGAGUGUGAAGAGACAUUAGAGAAAACUAAAGAGAUGCAAAAGAAAGCCGAAGAUACAUACAAGAUAUUAGAGAAUAAAAUGAAAAAUGCGGCAGCAGAAUGUGAAAAAGAACUAAAAAAUGCACAGCAGAAACUAGAUGAUGCCAGGAAAAAGGCAGAUGCUUCAACCAAAAAAAUGAAAGAAAAGCAGCAGGAAGUUGAAGCUUUAAUUCUGGAACUUGAAGAGCUAAAACAAGAACAGGCCUCCCAUGAACAACAGAUGGCAGCUGUACAGGAAGCAAUCCAAUCCUGCCACAAGGAACUUACUGCUAUGGCAGCUGAGGUGUCUAAGACAGAGGAAUCUGUGGAGAAAUCACAGAAGGAACUGGCCGAGCAAAAGGAAGUAGUUAUGCUACACAAUAAAGGAAUUAAGAAGAAAUCUGCAGAGAUAAUAAAAUACAAAAGAGAAUCUAAUGAAUUGCAGCUUAAGAUUAAAGAAUUAGAACACAACAUUGGCAAUUAUCAACAAGAGAGUAUUGAUGCUGAUGCCAAGGUGGCUAAAAUGCUGAAGGAACAUAAGUGGAUAGCAUCAGAGAGAGCACUAUUUGGUCAGCCAGACACAGUCUUUGACUUUAAAACCAAGAAUCCUGAAGAAAUAUAUCAGAGGGUGCAGGCAUUGAAGGAGCAAAAACGGAAGUUGGAAAAGAAACUGAACAUGAAAGCUAUGAAUAUACUUCCUCAAACAGAGGAGAGGUACAACGACCUAGUGAAGAAAAAAAGAAUUGUAGAGGGUGACAAGUCCAAAAUUCUUGAAGUUAUUGAAGACCUUGACAAGAGAAAAGCUAUAGCUUUACAGUUUGCUUGGAAAAAGGUGAAUGAAGACUUAAAUUCAAUUUUCUCAACGCUUCUACCAGGAGCCAAAGCAAUGCUAGCACCCUCUAAAAAUGGGGAUAUCUUGAAUGGUCUGGAGUUCAGAAUUGCCUUAGGAAACAUCUGGAAGGAAAACUUAACAGAACUUAGUGGAGGACAAAGAUCAUUGAUGGCCUUGUCCUUGAUCUUUGCCAUCCUUCUCUUCAAACCCGCCCCAAUUUACAUCUUGGAUGAAGUGGAUGCAGCCCUUGAUCUCUCUCAUACUGAGAAUAUUGGGCAGAUGCUUAAGGCUCAUUUCAAACACUCCCAGUUUAUUGUGGUGUCCUUGAAGGAUGGAAUGUUCAACAAAGCAAAUGUCCUCUACAAGACCAGGUCUGUGAAUGGUGUAUCCACUAUUGAAAGAUACAAACGGUCUAAAAAGCAAGAGAAUGCAGCUGCUAUCAAGAAAGAGAAGAAAUGAUGUGACAAAACAGGACCUGCAGAACUGGGAAACUUCAGUGACACUUCCUGUGCAGUGUGUUCUGGCCCCAUUCUGUAGUUAGGCCAGGAAGAAAUUUUAAUUUUUAACAACAAAAAGUAAAUUAAUAAUGUUUUUUAAAUAUCGACAUAUUGCUUUUAUGGAAUAUCAACAUAUUCUUUUUGUUUUCUAGCUUUUAGUUUGCUUUUCAUUAAAAACUGAAAUGUUCUGUUUUAUA